CCGACCAAGACAUAAGCAAAACCUUGAACACAGCUCACCUAAAACAACAAGGCUGAAACCUGUGUUAAGCCCUUCUUCCCCGCGCAGCGCACUCUGUGUAACCCCAAAAUCAUGAGUUCUUCAUAUCCUCCAUUGAAGCCCUGUCAACUAGUUCAAACAAUCACCACUCUCCUCUCUUCCUCCGCCAGGUCUCUACCCAAAUCCUCUCUCCAAUCCUACCUCCCUCACCUCACUCCUCCCAUUAUUCACUCCAUUCUCUCCUCUCCCACUCUCUCUUCUCGCCCUUCCACUCUCUUCUCCUUCUUCCAAUGGUCUCAAUCCCACAUACCCUCUUUCUCCACCCACCCCCUCCCUUUCCCUUCUCUUCUCCCUCUCUUAUCCUCCCUCUUAUCCCAUCGCAGAUUCACCGUUGCAAGAUCCCUUCUCCUCACUUUUAUCCCUUCCGAUCAUCCUCAACAUCUUCUCCAUCGUCAUCUCCUUCACCCCAUUUCCAAUUUCCCUCAACCCUCAACCGAAUUGUUGGAUACUGCUAUAGGUGCUUAUUGCCAAUGCGGGAAACCCCAUCUCGCACUUCAGAUUUUCAAGAAGAUGAAGCGCCUUCGACUUUGCCCUAACAUCAUUACUUUCAAUACUUUGAUUACUGCUUUGGUUAAGUACCCUUCUACUCACUCUCUAUUUUUAUGUAAUGAGCUGUUUAAUGAUGCACUUAAGCUUGGUUUGUGCCCAACUACAAUUACUAUCAAUAUUUUGAUUAAAGGGUAUUGUUUAGCUUACAAGUAUAAGGAUGCUAAUCAAUUGCUGGAUAGAAUGAGUGAAUUUGGAUGUGUGCCCGAUAAUGUGAGUUAUAAUACUAUAUUGGAUGGGUUGUGUGAGAAAGGAAGGUUGAAUGAGGUUAGGGAUUUGUUGUUGGAUAUGAAGGGUAAAGGUCUUAUGCCGAAUAGGAAUACAUAUAAUAUUUUGGUACAUGGUUAUUGUAAAAUUGGGUGGUUGAAGGAUGCUGCUCAGAUUGUCGAGCUGAUGACACAGAACAAUACUUUGCCUGAUGUUUGGACUUAUAAUAUGUUGAUUGGUGGUCUGUGUAACGAAGGAAGGAUUGAUGAUGCAAUUAGGAUUCGGGAUGAGAUGGUAGGAUUGAAAUUGUUGCCUGAUGUGAAAACUUACAACACCCUGAUCAAUGGGUGUCUUGAUAAUAAGAGAAGUUCAGAGGCCUUUGAUCUGCUUGAAGAGAUGAAUCAGAAGGGGAUCAAAUGUAAUGAAAUUACGUAUAAUACAUUGAUUAAAGGGUAUUGCAAGGAAGGGAAGAUGGAUAAAGCUAGAGAGGUACUUCAAAAGAUGGAAGAAAGUGGUUUAUGUCCAGAUUGUGUUUCCUAUAAUACUCUGAUAAGUGCAUAUUGUAAAGCAGGAAAUCUACCAGAAGUAUUGAGGAUAAUGAAACGAAUAGGUGAAAAAGGUUUGAAAAUGGAUAAUUUUUCUCUCAAUACAUUGCUUCACAUUCUUUGUCAAGAAAGGAAGCUUGAUGAGGCCUACGAGUUGCUCUCUGUUGCUCCUACCAGGGGCUAUCUUGUUGAUGCAGUAAGUUAUGGCACUCUUAUUACUGGCUACUUUAGAUGUGCAGAUACGGAAAAAGCUCUUAAGCUUUGGGAUGAGAUGGAAGAGAGAGAGGUAAUUCCCACUAUUGUCACCUACAACAUCAUAAUUGGAGGGCUAUGUAAAUCGGGUAAAACUCAGCAGGCAAUUGCUAAACUGAAUGAACUUUUAGAGAAGGGUAUAGUGCCUGAUGAAAUAACAUAUAAUACCAUUAUUCAUGGAUACUGCUGGGAGGGGAACAUUGAGAAAGCAUUUCAAUUUCACAACAAAAUGGUUGAGAAUUCUUUUAAGCCUGAUGUAUAUACGUGCAACAUUCUUCUUAGGGGACUUAGUAGGGAAGGCAUGCUUGAAAAAGCCAUUAAGCUCUUUAAUACGUGGAUUGAUAAAGGGAAGACCACUGAUGUAGUAACUUAUAACACCUUGAUAACAGCUCUUUGUAAAGAUCAAAGACUUGAUGAUGCUCUGGGCCUUGUAGCUGAAAUGGAAGAGAAAAAUAUCCAGCGUGAUAAGUACACACAUAAUGCUAUUGUUGGUGCACUUACUGAUGCUGGAAGGCUUAAAGAGGCAGAAGAAUUUAUGACAGACAGAGAAAGACCAUCUGAACAGCGGUUGCAAAUGGAUGACAGGGAACAUGAACUCAGAGUUGAUGAACUAGAUUCAAGUUCAAUCGCUUAUUCACAGCAGAUUGAUGAGCUUUGUGCGGAAGGAAGAUAUAAGGAUGCAAUGCUUAUCUAUGCACAAGUCACUCAGAGAGGUAUUGAUCUACAAAAGUCCACUUAUUUCACUCUGAUAAAAGGACUCAUCAAGAGGAGAAAAAGUAUAUCGAAGACAGGUUGAUAGUGACCCCAAAAGUUUGG